AGAUCUCUAAAGUACACUUUAUUCUAGGGAGUAAUUGAUUCGGAAAGAAUGGAUUUUGAGCUGUUGCCAGAUGAUGAGCGUCAGUGUAUAAAAUGUAAAACCACAUGCUUCAUGUCUGCCAUCUCCUGUUCUUGUAAACCUGGCCUGCUUGUUUGCCUCCAUCACGUAAAAGAAUUGUGUUCCUGUCCUCCUUAUAAAUAUAAACUGAGGUAUAGAUACACUCUGGAUGAUCUCUACCCCAUGAUGAAUGCACUGAAGCUUCGAGCAGAAUCUUACAAUGAAUGGGCCCUGAAUGUGAAUGAAGCUUUGGAGGCAAAGAUUAACAAAAAGAAAAGCCUUGUCAGCUUUAAGGCUUUAAUUGAAGAAUCUGAAAUGAAGAAAUUCCCAGACAAUGAUCUUUUGCGUCACCUUCGCUUGGUCACACAGGAUGCAGAGAAGUGUGCUUCUGUUGCACAGCAGCUGCUUAAUGGCAAAAGGCAAACUAGAUACCGAUCUGGUGGAGGAAAAUCCCAAAAUCAAUUGACAGUGAAUGAGCUCCGACAGUUUGUGACACAGCUGUAUGCGCUUCCAUGUGUCCUUAGUCAAACACCUUUGCUAAAGGAUCUCUUGAAUCGUGUAGAAGAUUUCCAACAGCAUAGCCAGAAAUUGCUCUCUGAGGAAAUGCCCAGUGCUGCAGAGCUGCAAGACUUGCUAGAUGUCAGCUUUGAAUUUGAUGUUGAACUUCCACAGCUUGCUGAGAUGCGUAUUCGUCUGGAGCAGGCCCGUUGGCUAGAAGAGGUGCAGCAAGCUUGCCUAGACCCCAGCUCCCUUACAUUAGAUGAUAUGAGACGUCUCAUAGACCUAGGGGUGGGUCUGGCCCCAUAUUCAGCAGUGGAGAAAGCAAUGGCCCGGCUUCAGGAACUGCUUACAGUGUCAGAGCACUGGGAUGACAAAGCCAGGAGUCUUCUCAAGGCCAGACCUCGGCAUUCAUUGAACAGCCUUGCUACAGCAGUUAAGGAAAUUGAGGAGAUCCCCGCAUAUCUGCCAAAUGGUGCAGCUCUGAAAGACUCAGUGCAGAGAGCCAGGGACUGGCUUCAGGAUGUGGAGGCCCUGCAGGUUGGAGGACGCGUGCCAGUGUUAGACACGCUCAUAGAACUUGUUACCCGAGGCCGAUCUAUCCCAGUACAUCUAAAUUCUUUACCAAGACUGGAAUUACUAGUAGCUGAGGUUCAGGCUUGGAAGGAAUGUGCUGCUAAUACAUUCUUGACUGAGAAUUCUCCAUAUUCUCUCUUAGAGGUGCUGUGUCCUCGAUGUGACAUUGGCCUUUGGGGAUUGAAGAGGAAGCAGAGAAAGUUCAAGGAGCCCUUGCCAAGUGGAAAGAAGAAAAGCACCAAACUAGAGAGUCUGAGUGACCUGGAGAGAGCUUUAAGUGAAAGCAAGGAGACUGCUUCAGCUAUGGCAACACUUGGGGAAGCUCGGCUAAGGGAAAUGGAAGCCUUGCAGUCUCUCAGACUAGCCAAUGAAGGGAAGUUGCUGUCACCUGUCCAAGAUGUGGAGCUGAAAGUCUGCCUAUGUCAGAAGGCCCCAGCUGCCCCCAUGAUCCAAUGUGAACUCUGCAGAGAUGCUUUCCACAGUAGCUGUGUGGCGGUACCCAGUAUUUCACAAGGCCCCCGCAUCUGGCUUUGUCCCCAUUGUCGGAGGUCAGAGAAACCUCCAUUAGAGAAAAUUCUGCCCCUGCUGGCUUCCCUGCAGCGUAUCCGAGUUCGCCUUCCUGAGGGAGAUGCACUUCGAUAUAUGAUCGAAAGAACCGUGAACUGGCAACACAGAGCCCAGCAGCUGCUUUCAUCAGGGACUCUCAAAUCUGUGCAAGAUCGAGUGGGCUCAGGACUAUGGUAUAGCAGAUGGCAAGCUUCAGCAGGACAGGUGUCUGAGACAAACAAGGUGUCUCAGCCUACUGGCACAACAUCCUUUUCCUUGCCUGAUGACUGGGACAGCAGAGCCUCAUACGUACACUCUCCCUUCUCCACUGGCCGAAGUCGUAUCCCCCUCCAUGGUAUUAGUCCAGAAGUGAAUGAACUGUUGAUGGAAGCCCAGUUGCUCCAGGUAUCCCUUCCUGAAAUUCAGGAACUUUACCAGACUUUACUUGCAAAGCCAACCCCUGCUCAGCAAACUGACCGAAGUUCACCAGCUAGACCCAGCAGUGAGAAGAAUGAGUGCUGCCGCGGGAAGCGAGAUGGAAUCAACAGUCUUGAGAGAAAACUGAAGAGACGCCUGGAAAGAGAAGGCCUCUCCAGUGAUCGGUGGGAUCGAGUUAAAAAAAUGCGGACCCCCAAAAAGAAGAAAAUCAAACUGAGCCACUCCAAGGACAUGAACAGUUUCAAGUUAGAGAGAGAGCGUAGCUAUGAAUUAGUCCGUUCUGCCGAAACUCAUUCCCUGCCCUCAGACACAUCCUAUUCCGAACAGGAGGACUCUGAGGAUGAAGAUGCCAUCUGCCCAGCUGUGAGCUGCCUGCAGCCAGAAGGAGAUGAGGUGGACUGGGUCCAGUGUGAUGGCAGCUGCAAUCAGUGGUUUCACCAGGUCUGUGUUGGUGUUUCUCCAGAGAUGGCCGAGAAGGAAGACUACAUCUGUGUGCGCUGUACUGUGAAGGACGCACCAAGCCGAAAAUAAAAAACACAAACACAAACACCCCCCACCCCCAACCACUUAAUGUAAUUCAGGACUCCAACCAAGAAGAUUUCUUCAAUUUCUCAGCAAAGCUGCAGGACUGGUAUUCAAACCAGCCUGUAAACGGUGCUAUUUCUAUUCCUUACGGGAUCAUUUUUCCAGAACUCUUUGAAAAAAAGAAAAAACAACUAAAAAAAUUUUUGACACUUUUUGUAUUUUUUUCCUUACGAGCUGUUUGUGGUUGUUGAGGUUUGAAAUGCUGACUGGUUUUUCCGCAGGGGUUUCCACCAGUUUGGAAGGCAUUGGAGCUUUUGCACCUUUCCAUGUACAGCAUUAAAAUCUUACCUCUGUCUGGGAUUUACCGGCUUACGAGUCCAACUCAGUUUCAGUGCCCAGAAGGGCACCAGAAAUUCCAGUAAAUCCUCAUUUGAGGAAUUUCUCUCUUGUUUACUCUGUUACCAUAUUGGGGAACUUAAGUUUUUCACUUUUGGGGUUUUUGUUUGUUUCUUUAUCCACUUUUCUUUUUCCUGGUAGACUAGGUUUAUUUAUCAAAGCAAUAACUUCUGUGUUGGUUUCAGUGGCUGGAAUUAAAACAAAACAAAACAAACUUCCAAACAGUGUGUUGGUGCUUUAGCAUUUGGUUGAUGUACAGAACACAAAUGUCUAGUUUCUAGUGUCACUGAUGAACUAGUGAUGUAGAAAAGAGACUGCUCUGUAAGUAAUUGCCACGGCUGUAUUUUGGCUUUUCCCCUGCCCCUCCCUUCCUCUCCUACUAUUUUUUUGGUAGCUUGUAUCAAAUUGUUGCAGUUUAUAUUGUGGAAUAAAUCCUUGGUCCUAAUUUAACACUAAAUGCUGGUUAUUUAGAGCCAUUAGACUACAGCUUCUUAUGCCCCUCUACCUUGUGGGCUUGGAGGAGCGAGACGGGGGGUUGCUUGCUUUUGCCUCUGCCCAACUAGGCUACAGUAGCAGUGGAUUGUUCUUCUGUAUCCUGCUCUGUUUGGUGGGCCAUAUGCCUCCCAUCUCUACUAAUAACCCCACCCAGUCUUCACGGAAUAGAACUUAUCUUUAAAGCCAUGCUGUUUUUAAAUAAGCUUACCAGAAUGGUGGCAAAUCAUUCCAAUCCUCAAAUCAGUCCUCCUGUGUAAAUGGUGUCUCUAUUAUAUUGGAAUUGACAGGGAAACUUGGUUUAGGGUUAAGAUGUCAAAAGAAAAUUUAAGGAAGAUGGAUCUUUCCGGACGGCUAGGAAAGUGUGGGUCGAGGGACAGCUUGUGAACAGGCAGGCUCUGCCUCCGUGACUUCUUCCUGUCGCUUUCUAACUUUAGCUGCUGUUACUGGUUGUCGAUAGUCCACAGCCUUUCCCCUCCUUUCUUUUAUUUUAAAGGGCUCUGUUCUGCAGUGGAGAAGACCUUCUGGUGAACAGAACAGACUCUUGCUUGGUUUUUCCUCUUCUGUUGGUAAUACUUAUUUUCCCCCCAUUUUGUAGCCAUAAACCUGGAGAUGGGUAGAACUAGUGGGUCUUUAAUAAAACAAAACAACAAAAACAGCAGUUUGUGAUGUAGCAGAGAUUUAAAUGUACUAUAUCCCCUUUGAUGCAAUUCAAAUAAUUAAAUCUCUUUAAGAAUGACUUGUAAUUGUCUGCAGCUUUCCCACAGUUGUUGUGAUGUCUCUCCUUGUCUGGUGGGGGUUCUGGGGCCAAAAGAGAAGAAGAGUCUCCAGAGUACAAUCUGGAAUAAUAGUGGUUUGGCCUUUUUUAAGCAUCCAAAUUCUUAGAACCCCCUGACAUUGGGACAGGAUGCCAUCUGUCCCAGUUCCAUGGAGAAUAUAACUGAAAGGGGACACUGCAGCUGAAAUAAAGCUUUGCCUUUAGAGAGCUUUUGCCCAUCUGGUAUGCACCUCCUGUGCUCCCUCCUCGUGUUCUUCCUCACGUAUGGGUUGUCCACAGUCCCUGACGACAGCAUUCCCGGUGAGGUGGAUUCUCUGCCUCUCUGAGUUAGUGGGGGAAGGGCAAGAAGGAUAUGUUUUUACCACCCCCUCCCCCAUGAGAGGGCCACUGAUGUGUUUACAUAUGAUGAUAGUGAAGUUGGAGAGAGCGUCACCUGCCCAGUGAUACUGCUGGUGAAUGACAAAGCCUGGGUGGUGUCUUGCAGGUCUCCUCUGGUUUUCCUCCUACCUUGUGCACUAACACAGCAAAUGAACAAAGGUACAUCUACCUUCUAAUUGAUCCCUUCUGUUAAGUACCCAGAUCGACUACCAAGUGAUGUUUAUCUAAAAACCUUGUUUACUGUGUGUUAGCUGUGAAGUUGGCCUGUGUCCCAGAGAAACUUCUGCACCUGGAGAAAGAAGAGAAAACACACAGAGAAACUGAUGCUUCAUCUCAGUAAUCCUGCAGCUGCAUGAGGUGUGAGAAGGAAGGACUGUUAGCUGGAGUCUGAGCCAGAAGGGUGAAGGAGCCUAGUGAAGUUGGCACUAGAGGGUGAUUGAGUGCCCCUGCCCCAUGCCAGUGGCUCUUGUGUUUCUGUUUUUCCUUCUUUCAGAUCAGACUCUAGAGGAUUUCUUAUGCAGAAUCAGGAAAGGGCUUGUUUCUUAUGUAGGCUCUAGGCUGGAGAAAGAUUGUGUAAUUUGAUCAGCUGUAAAGGAGAUGGACUUCUUUACAAUUUCAUUUCAGCAUCCUGGGAGGUGGAACUCCCUUUUCUAUCUGGUUAGCCUAAAGCCAGAGAUACCGUCCGUGGUGGUGGAGGUUGGUAAAAGCCUGAGAGUCCCUGCUUCAUUCUGCCAUACAGAGCUUUAAAAAAUGAUAUAUAAAGAUCUUCAGACUUUAGGUCUUUUGUUUUGGCAGAAGUAUCUGGGAUUCACUUAAUUUGCUAUUAAAAUUAACAUGACCCUUUGGGUGUUUGUGUAAGAUAACCCUGAGAACAAAGUGGAUGCCUACCUGGAAGGGGGUAAAACUUGGUGUUGCCUUGUACCUUUUGUUGAACUCUGAAGGCCCUUUUGUAAUGGGUUUCUUCGUCUUCUGUUUUUUUCAUUUAUAAUUUUGCUGGGUAUUUGGCAGUCUCUUAAGACCUGCGUCUGGCUUGGAUCAGGCACUGAUUGAUAUUUAGUGCCCAUGGGUGUUCUGGGCUCAGUCCUGCCUAGAUUUCCUGCCACGUAACACAGACUGGAAUGGAUUAUAGAUGCUAUGUACCUGUAACAGGAGAUAGAAUUGAACAACAAAUAUUUCAAGAGUCAUUACCUAAUCAUCACCAUUCAGUACCUGACUGUGCUAGUCUAUGAUAGGCGUCAGCCUGUAUUAAAAGGUUUCUUUGCCAUAUUGAUGUAGAAAACACAGUCCUCUUCUGAUGAAAGUUUGCCUGUUGGGAAGAAGAGCUGAGGAAAACAGUGAAGAUCCCAGUGCCUUGAUUUAGCUCCAUAUGAGAGUUGGAAUCCUUUCUCAGCUCCUAGUUGAGCACCAGAGUGAUGGCCUCACACCUUUUGCCCCUGUCCUCAGUCCCUUGCAUGUGGCUCCUCAAGCCUCCCAACUUCCUGAGAGGUUCCAUGUGUAACUUGUAAUAGAAAUGUUAUUGAAAAGCUGCCUAAACAAAACAUUGUAUAAAGUAGGAACUUGUGUAAAGUAAUACUGUUGUAAAUCCAUUUUGAAAGUAUAAAGAA